AUGUUUCUUUCUUUUGUUUAUGCUACUUAUUGUGAGUGUCCAUCUGGAGAAUACACGGUUCCAAAUACUAAAACAUCAAUUGAUGAAAAGGAAUUCUCGAACUGCAAAGAACUCACUCGCGUAAUUAUUCCGAAUAGUGUUAAAACAAUAGGUAACAAUGCAUUUUUAAGAUGCACUAAUCUUAUAAGUAUAUCCAUUCCAGAGGGUCUUACAAAGAUAGGUGAAUGGGCAUUUGCUUAUUGUUCUAAUCUCACUAGUAUUUCAAUUCCUGAUAGUGUUACUGAUUUAUAUUUAGCAGCAUUUUAUGAAUGUACUAAUCUUAUGAGUGUACAAAUAUCGAUUUCUGCUAAUUUUGAUUAUAUUAGUGAAAUUACAUUUGCAUAUUGCCCAAAUCUCACAGAUAUAACAAUUCCUAACAAAGUUACUAUUAUUUGUGAUAAAGCUUUUUAUCAUUGCGAAAGUCUCACAAGUAUAACAAUUCCACAUGGUUGCUUAUUCAUUUUGGUUGCUUCAUUUGCUUUUUGUACAAGUCUCACAAGCAUAACAAUUCCUAGUACCAUAGUUACAAUUCAUGGAAUAGCAUUUGAAUCAUGUUCUAGCCUCACAAGUAUAACAAUACCCGACAGCGUUACUUCUAUAGGCUCUUGGACAUUUAAAAAUUGCAAGAGUCUUACUUCUAUAUCAAUUCCUAGUAAAGUAACUAAAAUUGAAGAAGAAACAUUUUCUAACUGCAUUAGACUCGAAAGUAUAAUAAUUCCUGAUGGUGUAACUGAAAUUGGUGCAGAAGCAUUCAAUAACUGCACUAAGCUAAGAAUAAUAUCACUUCCUAGUCAAAUUCGUAUUCUGGAUCGUUCAGUAUUUUCACACUGCACUUCUCUAAAAACAAUAUCUAUUCCUGAUAAAAUUUCCAUAAUUCCAAGCGGCUUAUUUUAUGAAUGUACUAGUCUAACAACAGUAUCAUAUCCAAAUAACAUUACUGCAAUCAACGGUUUAGCCUUUUCUUAUUGUUCAAGUCUUACAGAUAUAUCAAUUCCUAAUACCGUGCAAUUUAUUGGCUAUAGUGCAUUUAGUAAUUGUAAAAGUAUAAAAUCAAUAUCUAUUCCUAAUGGUGUUCCAGGAAUUUAUGCGUGGACAUUUGAUAGCUGCUAUAGUCUCAUUAGUGUAUCAAUUCCUAAUAGUGUUACCGUAAUAAGUUUGGAAGCAUUCAAACGAUGCUAUAAUCUUACAACAAUAUCAAUUCCUAAUAGCGUUACUUCAAUUGGUCAAGGUGCAUUUAAUGAUUGCAGAAAAAUUACAACAUUGUCCAUACCUAAUAUUCCCAUAAUUAUAGAUGACACAUUUAAUGGCUGUUCAAGCCUUUCAAGUAUAUCAAUUUCUGAAGGAAUUACUAAAAUUUUGCAAGGGGCAUUUUCUGGCUGCACUAGUCUUACAUCUAUAACAAUUCCCAGUAGCGUCACAGUUAUUGGUAAUUGGGCAUUUUAUGGAUGUCGGAAUUUAUCAUCAAUAACAAUAUUCGCACGUAAUAAUAUUACUAUUAUUGAUAACAGAGCUUUUGCUAAUUGUAAUGUUCAUGAAUUAGUAUUAAUGAAUGAUGGUUUUCCAAUAUUAAAUAAUCAAUAUCUAUAUCAAAGUGUCAAAAAAAUUAUCUUUGACAUGACAAACUCAAAUCCAAGUAGACGACUUCUCGAAGGUUCAAUUUUACCAUCAUUAAGCAAUUUCACUAAUUUGUCUUAUGUUGAAAUCAAAUCUAUUAAUGGUUUUUCAAUCCCUGAUUUAUUUUUAUCAACCACAAAUGUAUCUAUUAUUGUCACACAAAACGGAAUUUCCAUUGAUGAAAAUGCUUUUUCCGAUGCAAAAAUCACAAAUUUCACAUAUUUCAGAAAUUCUAUUCUACAAGACAAUUUCCUUAAAAAUUCUCUUUCUUGUGAUGAAGUUAUUGCAUUGGAUACAUAUCCAUCAGAUAAAUUGGGCGGUCUCCCAAUUACUAAAAGAGUUGCACAACCAAUUCUAGCAAAUCCAACACCAGAAACUCCAGUGACUCCUGAAUCAGAAACCCCAAAUCCUACACCAGAAACUCCAAAUCCUGCACCAGAAACCCCAAUGACUCCUGAAUCAGAAAUUCCAAAUCCUACAAAUAUAUCAACACCGAAUGAUAGCGAAGUCAAUAAUAACCAAAAUAACAAACGUGGUCCAUCAGUUGGCAAGACAAUGGGAAUUGUUUAUGGUUCUGUUUUUGGUGCAGGAAUAUGCAUUGCCAUCAUCAUGAUUGCUUUCAAGAUAAAAAUCUCUGGAUGGUCAGAUUCUUCAUCUUCUUCAUCUUCUGCAUAUGAAUCAUCUGGUUCAGGUGUUUAUGUAUAG